AUGACGAUGAGUGACUCAAGAGUCACAUCAACACUUAACAGUGACUCAAGAGUCACAUCAACACUUAACAAUGACUCAAGAGUCACAUCAGCACUUAACAAUGACUCAAGAGUCACAUCAACUCUUAACAAUGACUCAAGAGUCACAUCAACACUUAACAAUGACUCAAGAGUCACAUCAACACUUAACAAUGACUCAAGAGUCACGUCAGCACUCAACAAUGACUCAAGAGUCACAUCAGCACUUAACAAUGACUCAAGAGUCACAUCAACACUUAACAAUGACUCAAGAGUCACGUCAGCACUCAACAAUGACUCAAGAGUCACGUCAGCACUCAACAAUGACUCAAGAGUCACGUCAGCACUCAACAAUGACUCAAGAGUCACAUCAACACUUAACAAUGACUCAAGAGUCACAUCAACACUUAACAAUGACUCAAGAGUCACAUCAACACUUAACAAUGACUCAAGAGUCACGUCAGCACUCAACAAUGACUCAAGAGUCACAUCAGCACUUAACAAUGACUCAAGAGUCACAUCAACACUUAACAAUGACUCAAGAGUCACGUCAGCACUCAACAAUGACUCAAGAGUCACGUCAGCACUCAACAAUGACUCAAGAGUCACGUCAGCACUCAACAAUGACUCAAGAGUCACGUCAGCACUCAACAAUGACUCAAGAGUCACGUCAACACUUAACAAUGACUCAAGAGUCACGUCAGCACUCAACAAUGACUCAAGAGUCACGUCAGCACUCAACAAUGACUCAAGAGUCACGUCAGCACUCAACAAUGACUCAAGAGUCACGUCAGCACUCAACAAUGACUCAAGAGUCACGUCAGCACUCAACAAUGACUCAAGAGUCACGUCAGCACUCAACAAUGACUCAAGAGUCACGUCAGCACUCAACAAUGACUCAAGAGUCACGUCAGCACUCAACAAUGACUCAAGAGUCACGUCAGCACUCAACAAUGACUCAAGAGUCACGUCAGCACUCAACAAUGACUCAAGAGUCACGUCAGCACUCAACAAUGACUCAAGAGUCACAUCAGCACUCAACAAUGACUCAAGAGUCACGUCAACACUCAACAAUGACUCAAGAGUCACGUCAGCACUCAACAAUGACUCAAGAGUCACGUCAGCACUCAACAAUGACUCAAGAGUCACGUCAACACUCAACAAUGACUCAAGAGUCACGUCAGCACUCAACAAUGACUCAAGAGUCACGUCAGCACUCAACAAUGACUCAAGAGUCACGUCAGCACUCAACAAUGACUCAAGAGUCACGUCAGCACUCAACAAUGACUCAAGAGUCACGUCAGCACUCAACAAUGACUCAAGAGUCACGUCAGCACUCAACAAUGACUCAAGAGUCACAUCAGCACUUAACAAUGACUCAAGAGUCACAUCAACACUUAACAAUGACUCAAGAGUCACGUCAGCACUCAACAAUGACUCAAGAGUCACGUCAGCACUCAACAAUGACUCAAGAGUCACGUCAGCACUCAACAAUGACUCAAGAGUCACAUCAACACUUAACAAUGACUCAAGAGUCACAUCAACACUUAACAAUGACUCAAGAGUCACAUCAACACUUAACAAUGACUCAAGAGUCACGUCAGCACUCAACAAUGACUCAAGAGUCACAUCAGCACUUAACAAUGACUCAAGAGUCACAUCAACACUUAACAAUGACUCAAGAGUCACGUCAGCACUCAACAAUGACUCAAGAGUCACGUCAGCACUCAACAAUGACUCAAGAGUCACGUCAGCACUCAACAAUGACUCAAGAGUCACGUCAGCACUCAACAAUGACUCAAGAGUCACGUCAACACUUAACAAUGACUCAAGAGUCACGUCAGCACUCAACAAUGACUCAAGAGUCACGUCAGCACUCAACAAUGACUCAAGAGUCACGUCAGCACUCAACAAUGACUCAAGAGUCACGUCAGCACUCAACAAUGACUCAAGAGUCACGUCAGCACUCAACAAUGACUCAAGAGUCACGUCAGCACUCAACAAUGACUCAAGAGUCACGUCAGCACUCAACAAUGACUCAAGAGUCACGUCAGCACUCAACAAUGACUCAAGAGUCACGUCAGCACUCAACAAUGACUCAAGAGUCACGUCAGCACUCAACAAUGACUCAAGAGUCACGUCAGCACUCAACAAUGACUCAAGAGUCACAUCAGCACUCAACAAUGACUCAAGAGUCACGUCAACACUCAACAAUGACUCAAGAGUCACGUCAGCACUCAACAAUGACUCAAGAGUCACGUCAGCACUCAACAAUGACUCAAGAGUCACGUCAACACUCAACAAUGACUCAAGAGUCACGUCAGCACUCAACAAUGACUCAAGAGUCACGUCAGCACUCAACAAUGACUCAAGAGUCACGUCAGCACUCAACAAUGACUCAAGAGUCACGUCAACACUCAACAAUGACUCAAGAGUCACGUCAGCACUCAACAAUGACUCAAGAGUCACGUCAGCACUCAACAAUGACUCAAGAGUCACGUCAACACUCAACAAUGACUCAAGAGUCACGUCAGCACUCAACAAUGACUCAAGAGUCACGUCAGCACUCAACAAUGACUCAAGAGUCACGUCAGCACUCAACAAUGACUCAAGAGUCACGUCAGCACUCAACAAUGACUCAAGAGUCACAUCAGCACUCAACAAUGACUCAAGAGUCACGUCAACACUCAACAAUGACUCAAGAGUCACGUCAGCACUCAACAAUGACUCAAGAGUCACGUCAGCACUCAACAAUGACUCAAGAGUCACGUCAACACUCAACAAUGACUCAAGAGUCACGUCAGCACUCAACAAUGACUCAAGAGUCACGUCAGCACUCAACAAUGACUCAAGAGUCACGUCAGCACUCAACAAUGACUCAAGAGUCACGUCAGCACUCAACAAUGACUCAAGAGUCACGUCAGCACUCAACAAUGACUCAAGAGUCACGUCAGCACUCAACAAUGAGAGCAAUAUAACAAUAUAA